CGAAAGCCGGGACGUUUGUCAAAAAUAGUACACGGGUGGGGCGACCCAACGAAAUGACGAAAGUACCCUCGGCUUGAGCUCCGAGAGAGUAAAGAGAGUCACAGUCCCCUUCAACACAUCAAAGGGUUAGUAAUCUAGCUGGGGGUGCCCUUUCGUCAUCAGAAAAAGUACAAAUCGAUUAGAUUAUAAAAAUGUCUGCUUUCACGCAUAUGUGCAAAACAGCCUAUCAAGUUGGUGUCAACGACUCUUCCUUCUUACAAAAACAUUCCGUCUUGAAUCUGUGAAUCUUGUUCAGGCAGGCGUGUGUGUUCUUGUUUAGAAAAUGGCUCUUGUCCAGCGGAUUCCUAAUUUCUCAUCCAAUCUUCGAAACUGGAAGAGCACCAAUUCGACAAACCAUAAGCCUGUUUCUUCUCUCCAUUACAAAACCCAGAUCACUGCUUCUUCUUCGCCCUUCACGGAGAAGCACUCUGUCGAGAGAUACCAAAGGGAUCAAUGGCUGUACAAAGCAUCCACUCCGUCUCCAUCUCCAUCGCCACCUUCGAAUCAGCAAGAUGAAGUCUUUGUUAGAGAAAACGACAUCGCGUCGCAGCUGCCUGAGCUUAAGAAGCUCUUGGAGGUUCUGAGAGAGAAGAGAGAGAGUGGGUGCAGAGGCGGUGAUUGCGGACCAGGAGAUGUGUACCUGGUCGGGACAGGACCAGGAGAUCCAGAGCUUCUGACUUUGAAAGCUGUCAGAGUCAUUCAAAGCGCUGAUCUUCUGCUUUACGACAGGCUUGUCUCUAAUGAUGUCUUGGAGUUGGUUGCUCCUGAUGCUCGGCUUCUCUAUGUCGGCAAAACUGCUGGUUAUCAUAGCAGAACUCAGGAGGAGAUACAUGAACUGCUCCUAAGUUUUGCUGAAGCUGGUGCGACUGUUGUGAGGCUUAAAGGUGGAGAUCCUCUGGUUUUUGGACGAGGUGGGGAAGAGAUGGACUUUCUGCAACAGCAAGGGAUCCGAGUUCAAGUUAUCCCUGGGAUUACUGCUGCGUCGGGGAUAGCAGCAGAGCUUGGGAUUCCCUUAACGCAUCGAGGUGUUGCAACUAGUGUGAGGUUCCUCACUGGUCAUUCCAGGAAAGGAGGGACUGAUCCUCUCUUCGUCGCAGAGAAUGCAGCUGAUCCUGACACGACACUUGUUGUUUAUAUGGGUUUGGGAACCUUACCUUCUCUUGCGCAGAAGCUUAUGGACCACGGUCUGCCUUGUGAUACACCAGCUGUUGCGGUUGAACGUGGAACCACUCCUCUACAGCGUAAUGUUUUUGCUGAGCUUAAAGACUUUGCGACUGAGAUUCAGGCAGCUGGAUUGGUGUCACCAACGCUCAUCAUCAUAGGGAAAGUCGUCGAGCUAUCUCCUUUAUGGCCUCAUUGCACGAAGGAAUCCUCCUGCCUUGUAGAGUCCCGUUAGAUUAUUCGCUUCUUUAUGUUACUGGUACACCGACAUUAUGGUGAACUUUUAGGAGUGAAGCUUGAAGAAGGUUGAGAGAUGUAAUUAGCCAAAGAAAGGCUGAUAUACUUUUUCUUCUGUCCACGUGAAAUGUGAAGUGGUAGUUUUAUUGUUUUUGGACAAAUGCCAGCGCCAAUGUUUGAUGUAAUAAACUAGCUUCAAACGGAGCCAAGUUUAACUUCAUAUUCGUUGCUGUUUAUUGGUCUUUUAGAGAUUUUUAUAUAUUAGCACGUUGAUAUUAUUAUUAUUACGCCCGCUUUGAAUGUCA